GCUGCUCACUGGCAAAACACUUCCUCUCAAUCCAGGCGGAGAUCUUCCCAAAAUCAGGAGCAGGCAGAAUGAGGCUGGGCUUUUCCUUUUUGCUGAUUCUAUCCUGGAUACAUCUGGCCACCGGAUCCUUACUGAUUGGUGCCUUCAACAUCAAAACCUUUGGAGACAAAAAGGCAUCCAACUCCACUCUGGUUGAUAUCAUUGUGAAAAUAGUCCACAGGUAUGACAUCAUACUUAUUCAGGAGGUGAGAGACAGUGACCUGUCGGCCACGCGCAAACUGAUGGAGAGUGUCAACAGUGGCAUCUCACCGUUUCACUAUGAAUACAUAGUCAGUGAGCCACUUGGCAGAGACACCUACAAGGAACGAUACCUCUUCAUAUACAGAGAUGACAUGGUCUCCGUCGUCGAGAGCUUCCUGUACGACGACGGCUGUGAAGCUUGUGGCACAGACGCGUUCAGCCGCGAGCCCUUUGUCGUCAUGUUUUCGCCCAAACAUUCUGGUGUGCCAGACUUCGCACUCAUCCCCCAGCACACCUCCCCAGAUUCCGCUGUGAAGGAAAUCGACGCCCUUUACGACGUCGUUGACGAAACGAGGAGCUUCUUAGGCACAGAUAAUAUACUGCUUUUAGGAGACUUCAAUGCUGGUUGUAACUUCGUCCGUGAAUCGGACUGGGAGCAAAUCCGACUUCACACAGACCGAAGCUAUCACUGGCUGAUCCCCAACAGCGCAGACACCACAGUGACCAACACGGAGUGCCCGUAUGACCGAAUUGUCGCCACGGCAACAAUGAUGCAGUACGUGGUUCCGGGGUCUGCGGCAGUUUAUGACUUCAUGACGGCACUGAAGCUGAGCCAAAGCCUGGCCCUGGCUGUCAGUGACCACUUUCCUGUCGAAGUGCAGCUCAAGGGAGCUUGAGGAAUUCCAUGGACCUUCACCCACAGAGGUGACCGAAUUAAAGAACGAAGCCGAGGGAAUUCAAAGCAUGUGCGCUUCAAGGCGUAACAAUAAGAGAGCCUGACACUUUCUCCAUUAAAUAAAAGACAAAGCAGAA